AUGUCCCGCACCUCGUUUCGGACUGUCGCCCCAGCCCUGUCCUCAGAACAUGGGCAGAGUUUUCUAUCGGCCUCCCCGUCCGACUCACGCGGGCGCAAGAAAGAAAGCGUGGCGUGUUUCGCUUGUAAAAGACGGCGCUCUAAGUGCGACGCCGGUGUACCCUGUAUUUCCUGUAUUUCCCACAACACCGAAUGUACCAAGGACCAAAACGACGACGGUCGACGGAAGUUGGCUGUCAAACGCAAAAUUGAUGUUCUGGAGUGGGAUCGCCAUCUCCUGGAUGAGUUGCUUGCCGCCAUUCGCACUGCCAACCCCGGUCAGCUGGAUUCGCUUAUCAACCUCAUCCGGAACAACGCCACCAGGCAAGAUCUCCAUUCCUUCCUGGAUACCCAGCUCGACGGACUCAAGGAAUCUUUACAUCUCGAAGACGCUCAUCGCUACCAAAGAGGAACCCGCCGUCGUAUGCUCGGCCGCAUCCAAGAUGUUGUCAACCCUCCAAUAUCUGUGCCCGCCAAGCCGUGGACGACGGUGACUGAUGAUGACGACUUUGUCUCACACCUCAUAUCAUUAUGGUGUACCUGGGCGCAUCCAUGGUGGCAUUGGGUUGAUGAGGCUCUCUUUCUGGAAGCGAUGCAAACUGGAGAUACCACCAGUCUGAUAUGUACCCCAUAUCUGGUCAAUAUGAUUUUGGCCGAUGCAUGUCUACUCGAUACGCUGGCGGAAGAUGGGUCCGAACCGAAUGAGUGGAUUCGAAACCAGUUCUACGCCGAAGCGAAAAGAGGGUUAGAGGCGGAGAAUGGCCGCGUGUCGAUGGCAUAUAUAGCGGCUCUGGGGGUGCAGUGGACUUACCUCAACACGAAUGGGCAAGAUCAGCUGGGCAAUGCCGUCCUACAUGAACAGAUCUUUCGUGCAAAGGGGCUGGACAAAUGGCGACAAAAGGUCGAACGGACGGGAAACUUGACGUCGCAGGCGCUCAGCAAGAUCGACAGAGCUCUCGAUCGGCUUACAUGGAGUCUGUACACUCUCCAUUCCUGCACCUUGAUGAGCCUAGAAAGAUCGGAGCUUGUGAAGCCCCCCACUCGACCUAAACCGCCUACCAACCACGACCAAAAGAAUCACACGGAAUGGACACCAUAUCCGCAGCCACAUACCCCGGUGGGUUUUCACCAGGAUUGUCAUUACCGCAGUUUUGCCUCCCUCAUUGAGGAAGCAGCCAGGGUCGAGACACUUUUCGUGAAAGAGGUCAGCGAGAAUUCUAAUCAAGUCCUGCACAAACUUGAAGAUGUCUGUCACCAGUUGCGCGAGUGGCCAAAAACCCUGCCGGACUGCAUGCAGAUGAACGACAGUGCCAUGCCACACGUGAUUGCUUUGCAUGCGCUCCAUCGCUGGGUAAUAGUCAUGAUGGCCAAACAACUGGCGGCCCUCGAGGCCGGCGAGUUGAAAAAGCCUUCUUUGGUGCAAACGCCUCAGAAGGACGAGCCGAGUCCCUGGAAAGAGAUCUCCAUCUCUUCAUGCAUCGAGAUCGGCGAAAUGCUCGAACAGAUCCGCCUCAAUUGGGGUGCCGACCACUUCCCAGUCAUCAUCAUGCAACCCAUCGCCACUGCCGUGUUUCCGUUGCUCGAGGGUCUGAGCGACCGCCCAGACUCGCAAGACGCUCUCUUCAAGCUAUGUAUCACCGUCCGCGCAGCCAGCCGGAGGUUUCGCGUGGGUAAAGGCGUGUUGCUUCUUCUGCAUCAUACUGCAAAACAGAAUAACGUCGUGUUGCCAGAGGACUGCCAGCAAGUAUUGGCUGAUUUUUCUGCGCGAAUGGAUUUCCAGCGAAGCAACUCUGGCUCCUCUGAGAUUGGUAUGGAGUAUCUGCUGGAGAAAUGGGAGGACCUCGAACUCCACGAGGUGUGA